GGUCACGUGACGUUAGUCGACAACAAGCAUGGCGGAUCCAAGCAAGACAGAUGAUUCUGAGAGGAUAUUUAGUGAAUUACUGAGCCCAUCGGAGCUGUUUGCAGCCCGGUCGCGCAGCCGCAAGCUCCCAGUGAGAGGCCAGAAGGACUUCUACCCCAGCGGCUGCACGCAGCAGAAACAGCGGCUCCAGAACAGUCUGGAUGAGCACUGGGAGCUGGUCUCUGAGGAGCGGGUGGAGAGGCUCGGGAACUUGGUGAGAGGCAUCUGGAACCCGAGUGACCAAAUAGUGGAACUGCAGUCGCCGGCGGGGAAGUUCUGGCAAACGAUGGGUUUCUCAGUCGAUGGGAAGCAGUGUCUCCAGCCAGAAGAAGCUCUCUACCUGAUGGAGUGUGGGAACCUGCAGGUGUUCCACCGGGACCUCCCCCUCUCCAUCCAGGAGGGCUACGAGACAUUCCUGUCCUCCAGCCAGCUGUCCCUCCAGCAGUACCAGGUGUUCGGGCACCUGAAGAGGCUCGGCUACGUGGUGAGCCGCUUCCACGCCAGUUCGGUUCCCUCGCUGUAUGAGAGGCAGCUCAACCUCCCACCAUCACGCGACCGAGGAGCCAAUCAGCUGAAGAGGAAACGCAGCCCCAGCCCUGAGGCCACGGCCACUGUGGCAUCAUCACCAAGACCCUCAGAGAAGCAGGAGGAUUCGACCAAUCCCAGCUCAGCGCAAGACAAAGCCACUAAUCACAGCGAGCCCUCAGCAGCUCAGCAGCCAAUCCCUGAGGGCCGUCGCCCACCUGCUGACGAUGACGUCACAGGAAGAAACUGGUGGAGCGAUGGCCUGGUCCCCCCGGAGCAGCAACAGGAUGGGGGCCCCUCCCACGGGGGUCCCACCUCGCGGUGGGACUUCCUGUCCAUCCAGUUCCCAGACCUGGGGGCCAGGGACACCCCCGGACCCCUGGCCCCCCCGGACCCCGCCCUGUUGCCGGGGGCGAUGGCGGUGGGCGUGUGCAGUGUCUCCUCCUGGCUGAGGAGGCUGAACACGUGGAGGGAGAAGCAGCCUGGCGGGAAGCAGAGGAGGAGGAGGGAGGAGGAGGAGGAGAGAGCCAGGAGGCGCACGGGACCGGACAGGGAGGUGCAGGGGUGCAGGAGCUGGGCCGAGUACCGGAGGAUCAUGGAGAGGAGGCGGAAGGGGAGCAGGAGGAGCGACAGCAAACCAGCGCACCUCUGGGAGAAAGACGUCACCCCCCUCCACGACCCCAGGCAGGGCACUUCCACGGCCGAGCUGCUGGAGAAGAUCAGCGUGGUGAAGCCGUCACGCUGGGCAGACAAAUCGUGCAGUGUCGAGGCGGUCGGCACUUGGCAGAUCAGCUUCGACGUCCACCAGCCGGCCGUCAACACGGAGUUCCGGAAGAGCAGUCCGGGAAUGCCGUACUCCCGCAUGUGUGUCUGCAGCUUCGACGGACCGGUCCCGGCUCUGGGUGAGCUGCAGCACGUGUCCCAGCAGAGCGGCGACGUUCCCGUUACCAUGGCGGUGGUGGACCACGGCGACAUCUCCUUCUACACCUUCAAACACUUCCUGUUGCCCUGUGACCUGCCGCAGUAAGCCCCGCCCCCGUUUCGGACCCUCUCACCCCCUCCCCUACCCCUGGGAGGGGUCUCUCCACUUUGUUUCCGGACUCUGUGGAGCUAAACUCGCAUCUUUACGUGUCGCCAUUGGGCUUGGAUAUCCUUCUGCCGUGCCUUUGGGCUGGACGCCAAAAGCCAUACCGGGGUUGUCAGCGCAAGCUGCACACCCCCCCCCCCCCCCCCCCCCCCCCUGUGUGUUUGAGCGACAUUCAUCAUCACAAAGCACUUCGGAGAGCAUUGUUGGUGAACCAGUGGGGUGUACCGAGAUGUGUUUACACGUGCAUCCAAUUUCUUACAGGGUUUGUUUUCCCAUUAAAGUGAUGUGUUCAAAUAUGACG